GGGGUAGUUCUCCGGCUCGCCAGGCUGCCCCUUGCUCCUGCCUGGGCCUGGGUUUCCCCGACCGCUCCGCCCGGGGCCGUGGGGCGGGGACCGGGAGGUGCCGGGACCACGAUGCCCCGCCCGGCCCCCGCUCGGUCGGCCUCCCGAGCUGUCCGUUUCUUUGCGUAACUCCCCCCACAGUCUGCGUUUCCUGCUGCCCAGGGUCGGGGGGGCAGGGUGCACAGAGCGACAGCGGGUAACGGGGCAGGCAGACCCUUCAGGGGCUCUCUUGCGACCCGCCACACGCUCAGCCGGGCCUGAUCGGAGCCGCUCCCAUCAUGGGCUGCGGAGCCGGCGGGAGCUGCACGCCGCGCCCGCCCAUCCGCCAGCAGCCGGCACCAGAAACCCGCGUGGUCGCUGUGGUCUUCCUCGGCCUCCUGCUGGACCUCCUGGCCUUCACCCUGCUGCUGCCCCUACUGCCUGGGCUGCUGGAGAGCCAUGGCCGUGCCCACGACCCCCUCUACGGCUCCUGGCAACGCGGGGUGGACUGGUUUGCAGCAGCCAUAGGGAUGCCAGCAGAGAAGAGGUACAACAGCGUCCUGUUCGGAGGUCUGAUCGGUUCCGUGUUCUCGCUCCUGCAGUUCCUCUCGGCACCGCUCACCGGGGCCGUGUCUGACUGCCUGGGGAGGCGCCCGGGGAUGCUGCUGUCCCUGGCAGGUGUGGCCACCUCCUACGCCGUGUGGGCUGCCUCGAAGAGCUUUGCGGCCUUCCUGGCCUCCAGGGUGAUAGGCGGCAUCAGCAAGGGGAAUGUUAGCCUCUGCACCGCCAUCGUUGCUGACCUGGGCUCACCGUCUGCCCGCAGCAAGGGCAUGGCAGUCAUCGGGGUGGCUUUUUCUUUGGGCUUCACCCUGGGCCCCACACUGGGCGCCUUCUUACCCUCGGAGACGGUGCCCUGGCUGGCCCUGCUCUUCGCUGUCUCGGACCUGCUGUUCAUCUGGUGCUUCUUGCCAGAGACGCUGCCCCCGGAAAAGCGGGCGCCCUCCGUCACCCCGGGGUUCCGGGCGGCCGCGGACCUGCUCAGCCCUCUGGCCCUGCUCCGAUUCUCCGCCGUGGCCCGCGGCCCGGACCCGCCCACUGGAGUCAGGCUUGGCAGCCUGCGAGGCCUGGGCCUAGUCUACUGCCUCUACCUCUUCCUGUUCUCGGGCCUGGAGUUCACGCUCAGCUUCCUGGUGCACCAGCGCUUCCGGUUCAGCAGGGUAGAGCAGGGGAAGAUGUUUUUCUUCAUCGGUCUCACCAUGGCCACCAUCCAGGGCGCCUACGCCCGGCGGAUCCGCCCUGGCAGGGAGAUCGCGGCUGUGAAGCGGGCCAUCCUGCUGCUCGUCCCUGCCUCGCUCCUCGUCGGCUGGGGACACACACUGCCCCUGCUGGGCCUGGGGCUGCUGCUCUACUCCUGGGCCGCAGCCGUCGUGGUCCCUUGCCUGUCCUCCGUGGUCGCCGGCUAUGGCUCGCCCCGGCAGAAGGGCACGGUCAUGGGCACGCUGCGGAGUCUGGGCGCCCUGGCCAGGGCCGUGGGCCCCGUGGUGGCCGCCUCAGCUUACUGGCUGGCCGGCGCCCACGUCUGCUACACCGUGUGUGCUGCGCUCUUCCUGCUCCCGUUCUCCGUCCUGCGGACCCUGAGCCCCCCGGCGCGGACACUCAAGGCCGAGUAGCUGGGCCGCCGCCUGCGGUGGUGUGAGGGCCGGGGGGGCUGCGCGAGAAGGGGGGGCCUGGGCCAGGACAACUCCCCCCUGACCGCCUGACCCCUCCAGCCCCCUCACCCCGCCUCCGGGGCCUGGGGCUUGCAGCUCCAGGGUGCGACACACUUCGGCAUGGACCUGCCCGUCGUACUCAGACUCUAAAACCUUCUAGACUUUCUGCCUUGUCUUCUGUUCUCAGUGACGCAGAGCCUCAGCCCGGGCUCAGAAUGACAAAAUAAAGCAGCUGCCACAUACCAAGUGCCUUCCUGCAGCGCCCAGCCGUCCCCCCCGCCCCCGGGACACCCCCAGGCCCCAGGGGCAGCAGCUGGCUUGACAGCUGCUCCAGCCGCACUGACCACAGGCUGCAGGCUCUGCCCGGUUCCCGUCUGCGCUGUGGUGGGGGGCCGCCUGACGCCGGCCCCUCGCCCAGGCCCUGCCCCAGCGCCGCCUUCUGGGGAAGAACAGGCAGGCACCGGGAGCACGGUGCUUCUCAGAGCGUGCCCCACGGUCCAAAGCCACAAACUCUGCUGGGUCAAGGGAUAAGUGCUCGCUUUGAAAUCUUUGUUUGGAACGUUAAACUUCUGAAGUCCUAUUUUAAAGGAACAAACAAAAGGAAGUAAGAUGCAAGAAUGCUUCCCAAGGUUAGACAAGGAAACUGCGUAAAGAGUUUUAUUUGUGAGUAAAACAUGUUACAAUGAAGAGAGGCCGUAGGACCUGUCCUCCCAAGCCUGUGUCUGUAUAUGCAACUAAACUUCAUGUUGAGAUACAAAGAGUUAAAAUAAACUACAAAAUGAAAUUAAA